UAACAUUUUUAAUUAUUUUAUAAUUAAUAUUUAAAUUGACAUUUAAAUUAAUAAGCAUUACAUAGGUUAUAACACGUUAAAUAUAAAAUAAUUUUAGCUUAAAUAAUAUAAAACUUUCAAUUGCUUUAAAUCCAUCUAAAUAAACUACGAAAAACAUGGAGUAUAAUAAACUAAUAUUUAAACAAUAAUCUAUUUAUUUAAACAUGCUCAUUAUUUUAUAUAAAUUAUUUUAUUUUUCUCUUUUCCUUUUCUAUUUUAAUUUUUCUUUACUGCGUGUAAACAAAUUUUUUAUACACGUACUGACGAUGUACUCUUUAUCCAUAACCUUAUUAACUGGAUUAAUGUUGAAUUGUAUGCUUUAUUUUUUUUGUUUUGUUUUUCUUAUAAAUUCUUAUUUAUUCAUAUAUAUGUUCAAGAAUACAUUGUGUCAGAAAUAUAUACGCAUUUUUCCUAUUAGAAUCGUAUGCAUAUAUAACAUUGCGACAAGUUGCAUAGAAUAGAGCACUAAGCUUCUUUGCGUGUAUGAAGGAUAUAGUGUAUUACAGAGUAUUAUUUUACACCAUACAUCAAACUAGUAAUUACACACUUGAGAAAAUAAUACGAGUAUAUUUUAAGCCAGUUAGAUGCAUUAGAUGCUUUCAUAACUGGUUCGAUGGAUAUGAGGUUAUGUUAAAUGAAAUUGUAUUUUAUUAUAUGACAAUUGGUAAUUAAUAUUUUUAAAUAGAAAAAAAAAAAAUUAUAUUUUGCCGAUGAAGAUUUUUUUCAAUCUCAAUAUAAUUCUAAUGGAUUUCAUUUAAUUAUUAUUAUUUUUUUUUUCUUUUUUUUUUCCUGAAUAGGAGUAUAUUGAAUUUUGCUUAAUGGGGAAGAUAAGAAGUUUAUCUGGUGAUGUAGGUGUUGGCAUUCUUUUAUUGGCCUUAUUUUGUAUUAGCAUAGCAUUUGGUACAUCGGCAUGGUUAAUCAGUGAUCCUAGAAUGAUAGGUGCUCAAUUUGCUAAACUGGGUCUUUGGACGCAUUGCUUUAGAUCUUUACCAAGCCCAUAUGAAUCUGAUGCACCUACACAAUUUUUUGUAGGUUGUAGAUGGGUUUAUGAUCCUUUUACUAAGGGAUACGAUAAUAUACGAGGCUUUUUAAUGCCACCUUUUAUGAUAGCUACUCAAUUUUUUUUCACAAUAUGUUUUCUACUUGUUCUAAUAUCAUUUGGAUUAAUGCUGCUGUUGGUAUUAUGCUGUGGUCCAGAAGAAAAAAGAUAUAUCCUACUUAUUAAAAUUAUUAGUUAUUUAUUACUGACAAGUGGUCUGCAUGGUUCUAUAGCUGUCAUCAUAUUUGCAUGUUGUGGAAAUAAGGAUGGUUGGAUGCCAGGUCAUGAAAAUAAUUAUUUCGGAUGGUCUUUUGCAAUGGCUGUAGUUGGCACUACCUUAGCUCUUAUAGGAGGUAUACUGUUCCUUAUCGAAGCAAAUAUACAGAGCAAAAAGCGUAAAUAUCUAAAAGAAUCUCAAACGCGAUUUCAAUUAGAAUCAAAUACAUAGAGUUUGCAUUUAUGCUGGAACAUUGCACAAUAUUCCUUUGAAAGAACUUUAUUAUUUUAGUGAAAAGAGUCAAUAUAUUUAGUUAUAUACAAAAUAAUUAAUGCCGUCCUUUCUUAAAUAGAAAACAAAACUUUAAAGAAAAAUUAGUUUUUUAUAGUUAUUUUUAAGAUAUACGAAAUAUAUAAUUAUAUAUAUAUAUCAAAACUACGCUUUUUAUAUCGACUAUAUAUUUGUCUUUGUGAUUGUCCUAAUAUUUCACAUGUAUCUUUUCAUCAGAGUAUAUGUAUAUAACUGAAAUAAAUGUAAGUUACGAAGUUGCUUCAAUUCUGUUAAUUUAGCUGCACUUGUAAAAGUAGUAUAUUUAUAUUAUUUUUUAAAAUCCAAACGUUUUGUCUUAGAUAGAAUUAAGGACUGAAAUAGGAAUAGAUGGUUGAUUGUAUAUAAAUAUGUGUAUUAUACAUAUAAUAAUUAAAUCAUUCAUAAAUGAUUAUUACAAAAAAAAUUAAGAACAUAUUUUUAUCAAAAUAUAUAUAUAGUAUCAAAAUAUAUAUAUAGUUCCAAAAUUUCUGGAAGUAUAUUGUUUGAAUAUAUAUUUUUAUGUAUUUACUGAUUAGUAAAUUUGGGUUGACGCUUUUCAACGAAAGCAGUCAUUCCUUCUUUUCUAUCAGUCUGAAAAAAAAAAUUAAAAUAUAUUUAUAACUUCUUUAAUAGCAAUACUGAACAUUAUCUGUAAUAAAAAUAUUUCUUACCGUGGCAAAUGUUCCAUGAAACAUUCUCUUUUCAAAAUGUAAUCCUUCUUGCAAUGUAGUUUCAUAAGCUAGUACAAUUAGAAAUUGAUCAAUAAUAUAUUUAAUGAAAUUUAAUUACAAUUAUAUAUAAUAAAAUUAUAAAAACACUUGUAAUUACCCAUGUUAACAGAUUCUUUUGCCAUAGAUAUAACUAAUUGCGAAUGCGAAGCUAUUUUUUCUCCAAGCUUAAUUGCUUCUUGUACUACUUUAUCAGAUGGGAAUACUUUACUGACCAAUCCUAAAAAAAUAGUAACUUAAUCUCCAAUCUCUUUGUAAAAAAAUUAAUCAAUUACGUACCACUUUUUUCAGCUUCCUCCGCAGUUAUUUGAUUUCCAGUAAGUACCAUUUCCAUUGCUUUACUUUUUCCAAUAGCUUUGGUUAAUCUUUGAGUACCACCGGCACCAGGUAUUGUACCAAUAGCUAUUUCUGGUUGACCAAAUUUUGCUUUAUCUCCAGCAUAAAUAAUAUCGCACAUCAUAGCUAAUUCACAUCCACCCCCUAACUAAAAAUAAUAAAUUCUAUCUAUUGAAAAUAUAAACUUUAUAAUAACAUAAUAAAAAGACUUACAGCAUAUCCGUUCACAGCCGCAAUGACAGGCUUAAUAACUUUGGAAACUGCAUUCCAAAAUGAAAGAAAAUUACCUUUCAUAGUCUGAGAAUAUGUAUUAUUAAUCAUUUCCUUGAUGUCAGCACCUUGAGAAAUCAUUUAUCAUGUAUAAGCAGUAUAUAAACACAAUAUAAUUAAAUAUAUAUAUAUAUAUUAUAUAAUAUUUAUAUUUACCAGCCGCAAAUGCUUUCUCACUUCCUGUAAUAACAAUUGCUCCAAUAUUAUCAUCUUUAUCUAAUUUUUGUAUAGCUUCAUUUAGUUCAAUCAUUAAUUGAUUGCAUAAAGCAUUUAAUGCUUUUGGCCGAUUCAAAGUAAUUAAGCCAACAUUUUUAUUUUCUCCAGUAGUCUCUACUUUUAUCAAUUCAUAA